AGUCUUUAGUCUUCAACUGAUCGCUCGCGCCGAUGAUUUAAUUUUUAAGUUAAAGCCUGCGCCCAGUGUAGCAGCCAGCAGCGUUACUCACAUCCUCACAUACGUGCGAAAAUACAUGCCUACAUAAUACGGCGUACAUCGAUAAAUAGAUAUACCCCGCAGAUAUAGUGUCUCGAUCGAACAGCAACGAACCCAUGAAAACCUGAAGUAAAACUAAAACCCGAGACGUCGCAGCUCCGAGUUCUAUAAUUUAAUACGAGCGAUCUGCAUUAAGAGAGAGUGAAAAAUCACACAAAAAGAAAACGAACGAAAAUAAAGCGAACAAAAACUAAACGGAAUUGUAAUUGUAAUUGUAUUAAUUGACGAGCACAACGAGCCGAGAACAAGCAGCACAAAGCGACAAACCAAAAAUAGACGAUACCAACGGUGCGUAUACUUAACGAGACACCCGCUCAUUGACUCAUCGCGCCCUCUCGCUCGCACAGCAGCCACAACAACAGCACUACAAUCAAUUGUGAUCACUGUGCGUAUACGUAUGCGUGUAUCUGUGUAUCUGUGUGCCUGUGCAUUUGUAUCUGUAUCUGGAAGCCCGCAAAUCCAUAACCAUCUAGUAUUCCUGCCCAUUCGGAAUAUUGGGGCGUGGAGGGUCGCUUUGAAAUAUUAAUUAUUUUUUGGCACCGCUUAUGGCUCGACUUGGCGCAUGCCAAGCAUUAUUAAACGAGACACGAAAGAGCGUAUCUACGAAGUAGAUAAAUAUCUUUAUACGAACAACUAAGCUGCAGCACCACUAGCAAUCGAAUCGACGAAUAGCAACGCACAAACAAACAAACCCAUCUAUAUACUUUAUAUAGAGAGAGAUAAACAAAGCUCAAGCAGCAGCAACAACGAAACAAUUUGGAAGAAACACUUUUGCACUAAAAGACCCAGCAAUCUGAAUCUGCAAAAAGGGAAACAUAUCCCUCACAUCGUAUUAAGAAGAGAACUCAACUCGACAGAGGAAGUAAGGAAAAGAAGGAACGGAAACCAACUAUUGUGAUAUGUACAAAUUUACUCAAAUACUGAAGCCGCAUAUAUAGAAGUUUAUUCCACGGAAUCCCAAUUGUAAACCGAUUAACCGGAGGACAAUCCACCAAAGAUUAGGCUUUCAUCUUCAAUUAAGUUUACCCAAUUAGAGCAGAGGCAGUACUCGAAAGUACUCGCGAGAUGGCCGAGAAAGUCGAACAAGCCCAGGCCAGUCUGAAUGGCCAACAGAAUGAUCCGCGAAAGGUGCGCAAGUCACCUGAAUUUCAGCCCAUGAUGCCCGGCGUUAUCUCCCGGGAACGCAGCUUUGUGCGCACCUCGAAUCAACAGAAUAUCAACAAACGACGAAGUCUGGCUUUCAAUGUACCUGGCAAUCAGACGGGACAGAUGAGGGGCAAACCCGCCAUGGAUAUAUACAGGCCGCCAAAUGUGCGCGGAGAGCUGGCCGCUCCAGCCGUUGGUGGCGGCGGCGGUGGUGAUGGUGAUGGUGGUGAUGGUGGUGCAAGUGGUGCCAAUGCCAACAGGCUGAACGUCAAUGCCCAGGAGUUCACAAUGACCAGCAGCUCCGGGGCACCGGCCGAGGCACUCAGCAAUCGUUCGUCGCUGAUCUUUCCGCCCACCAAUGGACCCGGAGUUGUUCCGUCUAUGGGUCAGUACGGGAACGUGAAUCGUCGCCAGGCCGGACUCUCCCUCGGCAGCAUGCCGGGAUUGAAGGCCAACCAGCAUCGCUCGAUCUUGGUGACGCAUCCAAUCAGUGCCAGUUCCCUCGGCGGACAGCUGCCGCUCAUGAACUCGCCCUCCAGUGGCAAUAUACUGCACACCACAAACCGUGUAAAGUUUGCUCCCGAGCCCAGAGGUCACAAAGUGGCCAACCAUAAUCAGUUUGGCCAGCUGAACAACAACAACUAUGGACAGCCCUACCAAGCAAAUCUGAAUGGAAUCGAUCCGUACAUGAAUGGAAAUUCGCUGCAACGCUCCAAAUCUUUGUCGUCGGCGGAUGCCCUGACUAGGGGCAUGGCCGGAUUGGGUUUGGGUUUGGGCAACGAGGUGGCCGACAUUGGACAGUUCACGCCAGAGAUCCAGGCGCUGAUUGAGACGGCUCUGGAGGAUCCGAACAAACUGAACUCGCGCUGCCUGAUGGAACUCACUUCGCAGUUCAUCAAGCGAGCGGUGGAGAGUCGCCGCUUCGCCCUGCCAAUCUCACGGCUGUGUCUGAACAUCAUCGCCCGGGAACAGAAGGAGACGUUUCUGGAGGCACUGCUCAACACAUGCCGCCAGUGGUACCAGGAGCGCGAAAAGCUGCUAUUUGCCAUCCAGGGAAUGAAGUCGCCAUCCCGGGUGCGUUUCACCGCCUUCAUGGCCUUCCUCACGGAGAUGUUUUGCCAACUGAAGCGCCGGCAGCUACAACUGCGCACCACCCACCACGAGGGCACUCCUCCGCCAUUGGUGCUGCUUAGUUUGCUGUCCAAGUGCUGCGAGGAUUGCGUGCGCCCACCCAUAAGAUCUCUUUCAGAGAUCGAGUGCCUGUUCUAUGUGCUUACCUGCAUUGGCCAGGACAUGGAGCAGCAGUUGCCCCAGCAGCUGGAGUUGCUCAUGGGUCUUGUGCGCGAUGCCUUCCUCAAUGCCGGAGAAUCGGCGGCGUCCAUUCGGCGCACUCUUCUGCAGCUCAUCGAGCUCAAGGCCUCCCACUGGCAGCUGCCUGGCAAUACGGUCCUCUACUACACCCACACUAACAAUUAGGCCCGGAAAACGGGCAAGUAACCCGAACUGAGCCGAGAACUGGGACCAAGACGGGAUUCGAGCACUGUGCAAUCAUCGAGACACCAUCAGAUUCUGUUGUCGCAUUGCAUUUAGGGCCUGGAUAACUUCUGUUCUAUAAUAUCUUAUCGUACUCUUACCUAGGCAUAAGCAAUAUUUAUUUCGCCGGCAGCAGCAAUAGAGAGAAACUAACCCGAGACUUGCACACCACACACACACACACACACCAAGCCCAGUACCAAAUGAGAUCGACCGAUUCGAUUCGGUAUCUUCGGACUCCGCUUUAAUCUAAGGCUCAACUUUUAUGUGAAUCCAUAUAUUUAUGUGUAAUAAAACACAGCUAGUCAAAA